CACCGGAAGGCACAACCCGAGCGGAGGAGGUGGCGAACGCCCACCACCCCCUCCCAGGCACCAGCGUCCGCCGGGGGCGCGAUGGAGCUGAAGGUGUGGGUCGAAGGAAUCCAACGAAUCGUGUGCGGAGUCACGGAAGUCACCACGUGCCAGGAUGUUGUGUUCGCGCUGGCACACGCCACCGGAAAAACGGGCCGCUUCACGCUCAUCGAACGGUGGCGCAACAACGAGCGUCUGCUGGCACCGCACGAGAAUCCCCUUAAGAUCCUGAUGAAAUGGGGCGAGUACUCGAGCGAUGUCCAGUUUAUCCUGCAACGGUCCGACCAGCAGCAGCAGCAGCAGCAGCAGAAAAAGGAUCCACAGCAGCAGAAUGGGGGUCAACCGAAUCAAACGCAACCACCAAUAACUCAGCAACCGCCCGCCCAAUCGCAGCAGCAGCUUCUUCGCCAGCAGCAGAAGCUCAACCAGCUGAACAACAAUCACAUCGGAGUGCUCGGCAGCAACGGGCACAGUGGACCGACCAGUCCCAACACGACCAACACGAGUCCGCUUCUCAUCUCCAAUGGCGUCCUCAGUGCGCACAACAACCAUAUCAACAGCAUCAACAACAACAACAACGGGAAUCAGCAUUAUCAGCACCAUCAGAAUAGCAACGGCGAUGAGCUGCUGCAGCAGUCGAAGAGUAAACUUCACCAAAACAAUCUGAAGAAUAGCGCCCAGAGCGGGCAGCACCUUCACCAUCAACUGCAGUACCAGCAGCAGCAACAACACCACCAUCAGCACCAACUAUCCUCCUCGUCAACGUCAUCCGAUCAGCUCCGGCAGCAGCAGCAACAGCAGCAGCAUCUUCAAUCGAACGGCGUUGGUGCGUUAAUUCGAACCGGAAAUGAUCCUUCAAGUGGAACACUUGGCGUUGGCGGAGGUGCGACGAAGCAGACGGAAUUGAUCAUCCCGACGAGUGGGAACGUUGGUCCGCUCGAGCGAGGCAGGGAGACGAGAAAAAGUCUCAAUUCAUCCGGAUCGUCCCCGGAGACGUUGAAGGCGAGCGGCGGCAAGCAACCGAAGCAGCAACAGCAACAGCAGCACCAAAAUGUGGGGAUCGUGCGAGGAAUUGUCCAGCAGCAGCAGCAGCAAAAGCAGAACCACCACGGUAACAAUGUCCGCCAUUCGCCGAACGUGACGGCGGUGGUGGGGAAGGGUGGUGGUGGUGGCGGCGGCGGCGUUACGGCGACCAGUGACCACAGUAGCAGCAGUAGUGCCAGCAGUACCGCGAGCUCUUCAAGCGCCAGCUCUGCCUCGUCGAACCAUACCAGCACGAGCAGUGGCAUCGGAGGGAGUGCGGGAAGUGGAAGCGGCGGCCAUCAACAACCUCAGCCCCAGCAGCAGCAGCAGCAGCAACAACAGCAGCCCGUCGAGGCGACUUAUGCGAGCGUAAUCAAGAAGCCAAAAUCACAUGCAUCAUCGGUUAGCCAGAGUAACGGCCAGGUCCGAAGCGGCAGUGGCAGUCCGGCCGGGAGCUCGGCGUCGGCGGCGACGGGGAGCGGUGGCGGUGUCGGGGGCAAUGUGGUCGGCGAAUUUAACGCGGCCGAUCUGCGCAGUUCGCUCGACCGGAAGGUGAACGGGCUCGUGUUCAGCAAUGGGCUCAACGAGCGAGUCCCGCCAGUGUCGGCGGUCGUGCCAGCUGGAAGCGGUGGUGGUGUCCCGGCGGCGGUGGGAAGCGUUAUCGUGGGAGCGACCAUGAAGGCCGAUCAACAUAACCAGCACCCACCGCACCUGGGGACGUUAAAUCGGUACGCCGGUGUCGGCGUUGUCGGGCAGCAGCAUUACCACCACACGCAGCUCCAGAACCUGCUCUGCACGGACAAUCAGCACCAUCAGCACCUGGACACGAGCAGCAUCAGCAGCAUCAGCAGCUCGAGCGUCGGUGGGGCGAAUCAGAGCGCGGGCAGCAACGGUUCGAACGGAAGCCACCUGUUGCUGAACGGCGGAACCUCCGGGCACGGCGGAGGAGCGGGUAGUGGCGCGACGACCAACUCCCCUAUCACCGGUAUCUCCUCGAAUGGGGCCCUUGUGCCACCACCGUACCGGGAUCCACCGCCUCCACGGAACAGUCCACUGUCCCACCGACUCCUCCUCGAUGGCCUCAACAACAACAACAACAGUGGAAGUAGUAACAGUAGCGGCAGCCAUCUCCACCAUCACCACGUGGCGUUCGGCAACGGUAGCAACACGCUCACCAGUCUCAGUAGCUCCGGAAGUGCCGGAAGUGCCGGGGGUAUUAGCAGGAAGUACGAGAAGGACAGCAUCAACAUGAACCUGGCGGCCGCCGGGAAUGUCCCCGGUGGUGGUGGAUCGUCGUCCGCCUCGUCGACGAUUUCCUCCUUCGGUGGCCCGUCGGUGGGUGGGAGCGGGGUCGGUGCGGGACCCGGUGAACCGCUGCUCGGGUUGACCAACGCCGAGACGAACCUGCUGAUGGGGAUCGGGGCGGGUUCGUCGGACCAGCAACCUCCGGUAACCGGCUACCGGGAGUUGGUACAACUGAUCAAACUUCAGCGCGAAAAAAUCAACAACCAACAGGCCGACAUAACGAAGUACGACUCGGAGAUCCUGUACCUGGAGGGCCGCAGCCGGGACCAGAUCGACCAGCUCGAUGCGCUCGCGCUGGAGCUCAGCAAAACCGACCAGCAGUACCGGGCCACCAGCGAGCAGCUGCAGGCCUUCCAGUACGUGGAGGAGGAGAGCGAGCUGGUGCGGCAGCAGGAGAAAACGCUCAAGUCCGAGCUGACACUACUCCGCUCCAAGCUGGCCAACUGCGAGACGGAGCUGCUGCAGUGCAAGAACAAGAUCCGGCUGCUGAUGGACGAGAUUCUGGUCGAGCAGCGCAAGUAUAGCCGACAGUACGAUCCGAACCGACAGCAACUGCUGGAGCGGCAUCUAAUGUGUGAAGUUGACAGGCUGCAGGUGGAGAUCGACCUGGCGGUCCAGAGCGCGGACCAGGCGAACAAGGCGCACGAGAAGCUGAAGGGCGAGGUGGCGAUGCUGGAGGGCGCGAUCGCGGACAAGAAGAAGCAGGUCGAGAAGCUGGUGCACGAGAUGAAGGAGGUCAACCUGCAGAGCCUGGCGGUGGUGCCGCCGGCGGAGGAAGUCCGGCAUCUGCUGGAAGGUGAGUCCGAGUUUGGUUCCGUUAAACCCGGCAGCACCCGACGGAUGAUCGGUUCCCCGAGGCAACUGGAGAACGCUGUUCCGACGAGCAAAAAUCCCCACGGCGUAUGGGUUUGAACAACCGGAACCAUGCUGCAACGCCAUGGACAAACGGACAGCCGAAAACGACGACCACGACGCCGUGCGGAUGCUGGACGAAUUGGAAUUCCAAGGGAGCGGGUGUUGUUCCCGAGGAUCAGGGGAACCGGCGCAGGGCGGAGGUGUUUGUGUGUAUAGAGCGUAAGUAGAGCCCCGCCGGACUGCCGGACCUCGGAAACUUCCCCCUCCCGAGCGCGGUCGAAUCCGAAGGCAGCAGCAAACGACGGCUGCGGCGGCGUGCGGAAGUUAUUCUUGUAAUCAAAAUGAUGGUAACCAUUCUCAAAUGUGAUAAUCGUUGGUAAGGGCAGACAGGCGAAGGGGCGAGAGAAGGGGAGAGGGACACGGGACAUAGAAAAAAAUGAGGGAGAAAGUAGAGUUAUGCGCUUGUACUUAAAACAAAUACUACAAAACACAACCACACGAUUGGUGGACGGCAGCUUUGUGGCGGGGCGCGGCGGCUAGAGAAGCAGGCAAAAGCAUUCCAGAAGCAUUUUUCCAAUGUUUUCCUCCCGUGUCUUUGUUGUUUUUAUUCUACUUUAAGGACGAAAAGCGGCGAAAAAAGCAUACCAUUACAGAGGCAAAGCGAAAUGAAAAAAUCCAGGGUCCAAUGUUUUAAGUUUUGCAGUGGAAAUUUCGAUCCAGAUGUGGAAGCCUACGUUUCCCAGUGCGUUCGAGUGGGUAUGCUUUUCCCCCCGGGGGAGCAAAGCCUAACAAGGAUUUGCCUCCCCCAGCCCGCUAUACUUUUAUAUAUAUACCGCCACACAUUCCUUCCUCCUUUUGGUUAUCCUUGACGAAACCGUAAAGAGGGGGAAAUAGGUUUUACAACAACAACAAAAAAAAGUUCCGAUUGAACACAUACUAGGUCGGUCCUUACUCUUUGUCCGUACUGUAACGUAUUUUAUUGCAAUUGGGGUUUAGUUCCCGCCCUCCCUCCCCAGUGGACGUUUUUAUAUUUGUAUGUAAAGUUUUAUUAAAAUUGACGUGUGAGAUUGACAAUGGGAAAACACAUACUCACUUUCGUUUAGGUUGCCAUUUACUUACUUACUUAAAGUGUGUUGCCGAUGCAGAAGAGUUUACUAAAACUUGCCCACAGGUAUUGUCAGGAUGUUUUACAGAUUGUAUGUUUUUAAUUUAUUUAGAAAAGUACCGUACUAUUUUAAAUGUUUUUUUAAGAAGCAAGCAACAAAAAUUCUUUUCAAUUUGGACACCCAAUUACGAUAACAACCCCCCUUAUGAGUUAGUUCUUCUCCCGUUUCGCAAGGCCAUCGAUUGUGUAAACACUUUUUUUUAACCGCCACAUGGGUUUCGUUUUGUUAGUUUUUUAAACCGUCAUGUAGGGUUCUCAGUUCUCGUUUCACUUUCAUCCCGUUGGGUGGAUUGAAACUUAAAAAAUGCAGGACACACAACCUCCGUCGUGACAUAUCAUCUACUGAGGAUUGUUUAUAGUUAUUUUUAGUUAAAUUCUAUCCUUCAGUCCCAGCCAGAUUCGUUGCGUUUGUCUUUUUGUACAUUAGUUCAAGCUUUCCGGGAGACGUUUUCGGUGGGUUUUAAAUGAUAGAAACAAAAGCGACCGGAACAAGGAACGGAGCGUACAUGUGCCCGUUACAAGUAAGACUAUUAUAAAGAGGAAAAGAAAUACAACAGAAAGUGUGCGUGUGGUGUGUGUGUUUCCAGAGGGAAAAUGAAAAACUAAA